AUGGAUCGGCACCCAGGAACACUCGAAAGCCAUUUCACCCGCAGUACUCUGUUCAAAGAUCCUCCUGACUGCACCACUUCGAGGACGCGAAACCCGGGAGAAAGAGUCCGGGGCAAGCGCGUGUCUUCACUCACCCGCAGGAAAGAGAACGCCCGGCGGGAAGAGCGCCGGCAGCUGCCCGUCUCCCUCGGACUGUCUCUCCGGGUUUCCGUGGGUCUAUCCUUCUCUCCCCGGGGAAGGGGCGCAGCGCGGGUUCCUCUCCGGGCCGGCGGAGGCCUGGGCACCGCCGGGGAUGGGAAGAGAAAGUGGCCGCUGUCGCCCAAUCAGCGCGUGUCUCCGCCACCCGGGACGGUCUCCCCGUCGGCCAAUCGCAGCUCAGGGCUCCUGACCAAGCUUUGGGUGAAAGAACUAAUAAAUGCUCCCGAGCCCGGAUCCCCGCACUCGGUGUCACGACGGGAGGAGACUCAGGCCGGCCGCGCUCCCGCCCACACCCCUCCUCCCAGGCUCGUAGCGGCGCUCGGAGCCCCCUCCCCAGCGCUCCCUGCCGCUGGGCCGCCCGCCCAGACUCGCACCAAACUUUUCCGCCCUGGUCUCGGCAGCGUAGACUCUGGGGCCUCCCCGCCCGCCCCUUUCCCCGGUUCCACCUCGAGCCUCUCCCUGGACUAG